AUGACAGAGGACAAUUGUUUCGUUUAUGCUUGCAUUCAGGCUGGAGUAAAUGAAGAAACUAUUGACCACAUGAGAGAAGUCAUUCGUGUUAGAGACUUUCCUCAAAGUAAAGUACAAGAAAUUUCUGACGCAACAGGUAUAGCAUUUAAUGUUACCAUUGGUUACUUCAAUGACUCAAGACAUAAUGAAAUAAAGAGAUACAUACCAAAAGAAUGUGAAACUGUUCGAACUAUUGACUUACUUCUUGUUGAAGACCACUACAUGCUAAACGAAAGACUUCCAAUGACAACAUAUUUCAUUCGCAACUAUAUAGAAAUCUUGAAGGAGUGUGGUGGAAUGAACAAUGAGAAACAGAUGAAGAUUUAUACAAAGAGAGAAGAUAAAUAUGUAGUUCGCAUGGAUAGAACUACACCGCUAUGGGAUGUUAUGAAAACAUUGUGGGAGUGCAAAUAUUUCGAACCUAUUUCUUAUGGAGAACUUUUCACAUAUACGACUGACUUAUAUAAACAGAACCUUGCACCAUUUAAAGAUUUGACAUAUGCUCCAAAGUAUUGUGUACAACUGAAGAAGAAAGCAGAGUCAAAAGAAGUAAAUAAAAAUAAGUGCAAGUUCAUUCCUGAGCACGUUUUCUUUGCUGACUUUGAGUGCAGUACCGAUGGCUUUCAUAAAGCUUUUAACAUCUGUUAUGACAGUGAAGAUGGUUCAGUGAGUGAAAGCAUUUGGGGUCAGAACUGUGCAACAGAAUUUUUGGAACGACUUCCUGACAAGAGUUUAAUAUAUUUCCAUAACCUCAGUUAUGAUAUAAACUUCAUCUUAAGACACAUGACAGAAGUGAAAGGAACUCCCAUCAUUAAAGGUUCACGAACAAUGCAAAUAACUGGCUUAUAUAAAGGAAGGGCAAUUAUUAUAAAAGACUCUUACAGUGUUAUAAAUAAGAAGCUUAAACUAUUUCCUGCUAUGUUUAACUUACAAACAGGACCGAAAGAAGUAUUUCCAUACAACUACUACAGCAGUACUUUGUUAG